AUGAGGGUCUACUACCUUCUCUUUGCAUUGGUCUUCUUGUUCUUGCUGCCUGUGCCAGGCAGUGGAGGAAUCAUAAAUAUAUUACAAAAUUAUUAUUGCAAAAUAAGAGGUGGCCGGUGUGCUCUGUUUGACUGCCUUCCAUGGGAGACACCCUCAGGCCGUUGUUCCCAGAGUGGUCGAAAAUGCUGCCUAAGGAAUCAAUGA